AUGUCGGCUAUAACAGUCUCAAAAGUAUCUACGAAUACUAAUACAACGAAUGUUGUAAAUAAUAGUAACAGUAACAAUAAUAGUACAUCUGUAGUCGCAACUACCACAAGUGCUGUCAAUAAUAAUAAUAAUAAUAGUAGCAAUAACAAUAAUAAUGAUAAUAAUCUAUCUGAAGAGUUAACAGAUAUUUUAACAUCGUUAGCAGAUACAUUCAUACCAGCAGAAUCAAAUUUUACAUCUUUCGAAGAUUUAUUUAUGUUUAUAGAGGAAGCAUACUGGUAUUACAUCGAUAUUCAUCUCAUUCAGAAUCCAAGAUUACCAAAGCAUGAUUUAGAGAGUUUCUCUGAGCUUAUUUUAAAGAGCAAUGAGAGACUUGCACCAUUGCAUGAGGCACUCUUAAAUACAACAUCAUACAGCGACAUGAUGAAGAAAUUUGAGUCAUUUAAACGUUUAAUACCUAGAUAUGGUGCUAUUAUAUUGAAUAAGGAUAUGACAAAGGUAGUGGUUUUAGUUAAAGAACAAUGGUGGGGAUGGGGAUUUCCUAAAGGUAAAGGUAAAGAAGGAGAAACAGAGACACAAAGUGCAUCAAGAGAAGUGUUCGAAGAGAUUGGUUACGAUGUUUAUCCAUUAGUAAAGAAAGAAGAUUUCAUUCAAAAAGAGAGUCAUGGUGUAUUAAAGAAGUUCUUUAUUGUUGUAGGUGUAGAUGAACAAGUUGACUUUGAAACUCAUACAAGAUAUGAAAUAAGUAGAAUAAAAUGGCAUAAUAUAGGUGAUAUUCCAACAGUUCACAGUAGACAAUCACAUCAGUUUGCAGCUAUCAUUCCCUAUAUCAAAUCAUUGAUUGCAUGGAUACAGAAUCGAAGAAAGGAGAAGGGUAUGCCACCUCUGCAGUUCGAUAGUUUGAGUACUCAGUUUAGCGAUCGUGAUGUUGACUUUAGUAGUUUGAAGCGUUGGACUCAAGGUGGUGGUAUCGGUAACAAUAGUAAUAAUAAUAACAACAACAAGAGUCUAAAACAACAGUUGGCUGCUGGCAAUCGUAUGAACAAAGACGAGUUCAAGAGGAAGGUGUUUGAAGAGGAUGAUCGUGACUUGGUCAUGUUGAACGAGAUAGAAGACAUCUUACUCUCUGAGUACAUCGUUAACUUCCAAGAGUUUCUCAAAGGUCUCUCGGUGCAGCAACAACAACAGCAACUUAACAGCAGUCAACAACAGCAACAACAACAACCAAAGCUGAACGCAUCUCUCAGAAAACUUGAUCAUUCCUCUUCAAACAUGAAAACAAUGACAAUGACAUCUAAUCAGAUACAAGAGACUUUGAAUCAAAUGUCAUUUCAAAACAAUAAUAAUAAUAAUAAUAUGAAUAACAAUAGUAAUAACAAUAUUAAUAAUAAUAAUAAUUUGAAUAAUAAUAUGAAUAAUAAUAUGAAUAAUAACUUUAAUAUGUAUCAACAUCAACAACAAUUAAUACAACAACAGCAACAGCAACAAGUUCCACAACAAUUAUUGCAGUAUCAACAACAACUAUUACAAAGACAGCAACUAGCACAACAGCAACAACAACAACAACAACAAAUGAUGGAUAUCGUAACAAACAAACCAGUCAAUCAAAAUCAAAUGAAUAUGAAUAACAUGAAUAUGAUGCAGCAACAACAAUUGAUGAACAAUCAACAACUACUACAAGCUCAACAAUCAAACAAUAUGAUGAGAUUCAAUAACAAUAAUAACAAUAUGAACAAUAACAUUAUAAAUAGUAAUAAUAAUAAUAUGAUGAUCGGUAAUAAUCAACAACAAAACUUUAUUCAACAAAAUAGAAAUAAUAUGAUGAAUAAUAAUCAGAGUUUUAAUAUGAAUAAUAAUAAUAAUAAUCAGAUGAAUAUGAUGAACAUGAAUAUGAAUAAUAUGAAUUUGACACCACAACAACAGAAUCAAUUCCAACAACUACAAAUGAUGAAUCAGACAUUUAAUAAUGCCAAUGCUGCGGUGAACAGUCAAGCUUUUGCAAAUAUGACACCACAAUUACAACAACAAUAUUUACUGCUUCAACAACAACAACAACAACAAUUGAAACAACAACAACAACUUCAAUUGCUAAAACAACAACAAAUGAUGAAUAGUCAACAACAAGGACAGCAAAAUAACAAUUUACAACAAAAUCAACAAAAUAAUAAUAUGUUUUUCAAUCAGCAACAACAACAACAACAAAUGAUGAACAAUCAACAACAAGGACAAUUACAAAUGUUAUUCGGUCGACCACUACAGCUAAUAUCAAACAAUAAUAAUCAACAACCACAAUCACAACAACAACAACAAUUUUUUAAAUAA